AUGGGAUUCAAGACCGCCGUCAACAAGAUUAAACGAACCCUCCUCUGCUGCAGGAAAGAAAAGAAAAAGCCGCUGCUGAAAAUUGGCCCUACCACCGACGUCCGGCGGAUGAACAUCACCGAAGGCAUGCCCGAUCUGACAGAAGCAGAUGCAAAGCUCAUCCAAGAAAAAGCAACUCACGACGCCUACCGCCUCCUCUCCCUGCAAUCUCACCCCCCAACCCAACCCACCACACCCCUCCCCACGAGCCCCACAGACCCCUUCGCUUCUUCCUCGGCCCUGAGCCCUACACCCACAGAUCCCUUCGCCUCCGCAGCCCCCUCCGCCGCAGCAUCGACGACGCACCUCCCCUCGCCAUCGUCUGCGCACAGCCGGAGCCGGCUGAAUCCCGCCGCUCCUGGCCCAGAAGAAUGUGGCAGAGAGAGCGGCAAGGAAGGAGAAGACGUGGGCGUGGGCAAGAAAAUCUGGGAUCGCACGCGCCGUCUGUCCGGCCUGAGUCGGCGGAGUAGCACGCGCUCUACCGCCUUGUACACGCCCUCCCGCCGGCGAGACGAACCUGCUGCCGGGGUGGUCAUCGAGCUCGAGGACUCCCAGCGCUAUGAGGAGGAGAAGGACAACAGGGAUACGAAGGCGGGUGCGAGUGUCACUGUCAGUGGGAUUGGGAGGGGGUUCGAGGUCGUGGGGACGGUGGGGGGGACGCCUACGAAGGAAGCCAAAGGGAAGGCGGCGCCGGGGAGGGGCAGGGUGGUGAGUAGUCCUCUUAUCGAGAGGGCGGGAAACGCGGGGGAUUCGGGUGGGGAGAGUAGUGAGGACGAGGUGGAGAGGAAGCCCUUGGUGAGGGUGUAG